CUCCCCACACCGCGUGAGGCGGUGCCGCUCCACCGGCAAUCCCAGCAUACACCGCGCCUCAUUAGCAUAAAACAUUCCGGUGUCUACAAGAGCCGAGCGAACACAUUCAGCUCCAGAGAACUACAGAUACAUAUAUAUUAAAGAUUAUAUUAACACACAGCGGCAAACAUGAGCGACAGCGAGAAACUGGACAAGCAGCGGCUGAAGAACUUCAAGAAUAAAGGGCGCGAUCUGGAGACGAUGAGAAGACAGCGCACAGAAGUGGUGGUGGAGCUCAGAAAGAAUAAGAGAGACGAGCACCUGCUGAAGCGGAGGAACGUGCCGCACGAGGACAUCUGUGACGAUUCGGACGCCGACGGGGACUUCAGAACCCAAAACACUUCGCUUGAAGCAAUAGUGCAGAAUGCGACCAGUGAUAACCAGGGCAUUCAGCUCAGCGCUGUUCAGGCCGCCAGGAAGCUGCUGUCGAGUGACCGCAACCCUCCCAUAGACGACCUGAUCAAGUCUGGGAUUCUGCCCAUCCUGGUGCACUGUCUGGACAGAGAUGACAACCCUUCUCUGCAGUUUGAGGCGGCCUGGGCUCUGACCAACAUUGCAUCGGGCACGUCUGAGCAGACACAGGCCGUGGUGCAGUCGAAUGCGGUUCCUCUGUUCCUGCGGCUGCUGCAUUCUCCUCAUCAGAACGUGUGUGAGCAGGCGGUUUGGGCUUUAGGGAACAUCAUUGGUGAUGGUCCUCAGUGCAGAGAUUACGUCAUCAGUCUGGGUGUGGUUAAACCACUCCUGUCCUUCAUCAGCCCCUCCAUACCCAUCACCUUCCUCCGCAACGUCACUUGGGUCAUGGUCAACCUGUGCCGCCACAAGGACCCGCCCCCACCCAUGGAGACCAUCCAGGAGAUUCUUCCUGCGCUGUGUGUGCUCAUUCACCACACUGACGUCAACAUCCUGGUGGACACGGUUUGGGCGCUGUCUUAUCUCACUGACGCUGGCAAUGAGCAGAUCCAGAUGGUCAUUGAUUCUGGGAUUGUACCUUACCUCGUCCCCUUACUGAGCCACCAGGAGGUCAAAGUUCAGACGGCAGCGCUGCGAGCGGUGGGCAAUAUUGUGACGGGAACUGAUGAACAGACUCAGGUGGUACUCAACUGUGAUGCUUUGGGUCACUUCCCAGCACUCCUCACGCACCCCAAAGAGAAGAUCAACAAGGAGGCCGUGUGGUUCCUGUCCAACAUCACAGCAGGAAACCAGCAGCAGGUUCAGGCAGUCAUUGAUGCCAAUCUAGUGCCCAUGAUUAUUCUGCUGCUGGAUAAGGGAGAUUUUGGCACUCAGAAGGAGGCGGCGUGGGCCAUCAGUAACCUGACCAUCAGCGGCAGAAAGGAUCAGGUGGCGUACCUGAUCCAGCAGCAGGUGAUUCCUCCCUUCUGUAACCUGUUGACGGUGAAAGAUGCUCAGGUGGUGCAGGUGGUCCUGGAUGGCCUCAGUAACAUCCUCAAGAUGGCUGAUGAUGAAGCCGAGACCAUCGCCAACCUCAUCGAGGAGUGCGGAGGUUUGGAGAAAAUCGAGCAGCUGCAGAACCAUGAGAAUGAGGACAUCUACAAACUGGCUUAUGAAAUAAUCGAUCAGUUCUUCUCAUCUGAUGAUAUUGACGAGGACUCCAACCUGGUUCCAGAAGCGAUCCAAGGAGGAACGUACAGCUUCAAUUCUUCUACCAACGUGCCAGCAGAAGGGUUCCAGUUCUAGACGCGACAGGAAAUCUGGAGUUUUGUUUGUGAUGCAGCACUCUGUUCAACAUUAAAAAUAAUUAGAGAGAGAGAGAGAGAGCGAGCGAGAGAGAGCGCGAGAGAGUGUGAUAAAUAUUAGAUCCGUUGUGCUUGGCUGAUGGGAUCCAGCUGCAUCUAAUCCAAGAGAAAUUGAGUGGAGUUCCUUCUGAAGGAAGCGUCCAGACGGCGUUUGAGAUGAUGGCUUUGAGUGGAUGCGAGUGAGAGUGAGUGGGUGACUACUGCGUUUCAAAACACGACCAUCUAAACCGAACGCGCUCGGAGCAAACUUCACUAAAACUGCCUGGCGUGUCUUUUCAACAAAACCAAACCCAACCAAUGGGAAUAAUGAAGACGUCUCACAUUAGUAAUCUGAGGUAAGGACGAUAAAGGAGGACCUCGCCAACAACAAAGAGACAUGAGCACACUUCUGAGGUCACCUGAGGCGUGUAUGUGUGUGUAUGUGUGUGAGAGUGUGUGUGCGAGAGCGUGAAUGGCCCCUGAGCUGAGGGGCCGCGUUCAUCUGACGUGCUGGGGAACGGACCCAGCAGACCAGAGCCCUCUCCCUGCACGCUAGCGGCGUCCCGCAGUCCAACGGCGCGUCUUUGUGCUGCAUGUGCGCAAGUGAAUGGACGUGACGGUGUGUGUGCUUGACUGACUGACUGGCUGGCUGGUGAAAUGCAGGACUGAAUGUAACGAACGCAGCGAGUCGACAUCGAAAAAUCAACCGGCUAAUUGUGGAAUAGCCUGGAAGAGGAGGCUAAAUGGAGUAAAAAGAAAAAAAAAAAUCACCUUGAAUGGAAUGACUCGGCAUCAGUGAUCUAAAGAAGACUAUGUCAUGACUUUAAUUUCCCCUUUUCCUUUUAAUUAUUAUUUAGUGUUGAUGACACUGGACUGAGCUUUGGCUGUUGGAGCGGAGUUGCGUCGAGGAGAUCGUUUGGGGAUGUGCGUUUUGUCCCGGUGUGUUUUUUGUUUUCCCUGCUCAUUUUCUUUUUGUCUUCCCCUGUUUCGGCUUUUAAUUUUUCAGUGCUGGUGUAAAUACAUGUAAUACACAUUGUGCACUGUUGUACCUCUGCACAAACUCGGGCUCCUGUACAUUUAUGACCCUUACCGCUCGCCCUUUUUCUGUUCUCGGGCACUGAUUGCUUUGAGGCGUCAUGUGAUCAUGUGGGGAGGUGUUUCAUGUGUGAGAGGUUUGACAUAUCCUUUGCAUGUGCUAAACUGCAGCAUAGUUCAUUUUAGUGGGUUUUAGUUUCGUAAGUGAAAACUGUUUUUUCUUUUUUCUUUUAAAAAGUACCUACUGUAAUGUUUCUGUGGCCAUUUUUUUUUUUUUUUUUUUUCUUUUUUUUCUGCCCAUUUAAGCCCCUCACCGUUCCUAACGGACGAGCAAUUCUACACCGUUUUGCACAUUGCAGCGUUGGAGGUGUGUAAACAUUAGCAAAGAUGGACAAUUACUCCAACUCAAAUACAGAGUCCAUCUUGAUUUGUAGAUAGAUAUUCAUGUUCAGUGUUGAGCAAUAUUACAGCAAAUGCGUGUCUCUGGCGGACUGUGCCGUGCCUUCAUCCUAAAGCACGUACAGGUAACGCUGUGAUAGCGCUGUUUUCCACUAUAGGUUUACCAUCCUUUUGUUUCUGAAUUUUAGUUGACUGUAGAGCUGUCUUUGUUUUGCAUAACCUCUUGAUGGCUAUAUUAUGUUUUAUUCACACCCCUCCCUCCCCUCCCCAGCGCCAUUCCUUGUUUGCAAAUAUGUAGUUUCAAAAGAAGACAAAAAUAGAUGGUAUACCUAUCCUGUUGGACAUAGACUACAGGCUCUGUACCUAUUCAAAUAAAUAUUCAAAUGUG